AUGGCGGUGUAUCUGUUCACGCUGACGCUCAACAUGUUUGUGAUGCAAACGUUUGAGCAACUGCUCCUGUACACCAUGUACAUCGUGUUCACCGAGAUCGUAAUGGUAAUGAAGGCCUUCAUUGCCUACUACAACUUUGAUCGCAUCUACAAGCUCUACCAUCGCACGAUCGCGGACGCCUUCCACCCAAAGGAUGAGCUGGAGCAGAAGCUGUACCGUGCGGGAGUCGGAGAGAUCAAGUACUACAGCUAUCUGUACGUGCUGGCCGGCAAUCUGGCCGUCGCAAGCUCGUUGCUGUACCUUCUCCACAAGGACUACCGUAUGCCGUACUUUCCGUGGAUGUUUGGCAUCGAGUAUGGACCGGAGGCACGGAUGAACUAUGGUAUCAUCUUCGGUUACCAAGUGCUCGGUAUGUACUUCCACAUGCUGGUCACCGUGGCGGUGGAUGUGCAGCUUUGCUACUUGCUCGGAAUGAUUUCCAUCCAUCUGGACUUGCUGGACAAACGGUUCCGGAUGCUAUCCACAUCGCAGCAGUUCCAACAUUCGUUCAUUGAGCUUGUACAACAGUACGAAAUGGUACAUCGCAUGGUUCGGGAGGUGCAGCAGCUCUACUCUCCCGCAUUUUUCGUGCAAUUCAGUGCCAGUGGGUUGGUGAUCUGUGCGACCGCUUUUCAGGCAUCAUCGAUGCUCAACGUGUACGAACUUACCGCCAUUCAAAACCUGCUCUACAUGUUGGCGAUGAUGUUCCAAAUGUUUCUACCGUGCCGGUUCGGCAACGAAGUGACCCGCAAAAGUACUGCCCUCAGGACCGCCGUUUACAGUUCGCACUGGUACGGUAUGCGUCUACGGGAGCGAAAGUUCUUGCACAUGCUGCUGCAGCGCAUGAACAAACCGUUCACCCUCAGAGGGUAUCAUUUUUUCAACUACAAUCUACCGGCCUACACCUCGACACUCAAUAUGGCAUAUUCUGUAUACGCAUUGCUGCAACGUAUGGCCUUGAAGAGAUCCUAA